CCUCCUUCUCCUCUGUUUACGGUUGUCAUGACAACGAUGGAAUGAGCGUGCAGACACGUGACCGAUGGAAAAAACCUCAAUAAACCAACGAAGAAAUAAUAAACAAACAGAAAUAUCUUGAAAACUGUUAGCUGCACAUUUAUUGGCAUUUAGAUCCAAAUAUAUUUUGUGCCAGGUAAAAGCUGUUCAGCCUUAUCAUUUGGUGAUAAGGAUAUCUCAUAAAUUCCUCUUCAAAUAGACCAAUUACAAUAUUUUCAGUGUUCCAGUACCUAGGUUUCCAUCCAAUUGGCGACAGAUUAUUUUCGCACCAGAGAUGUGUUUUGAUCAAAUUGAGUUGCAGAUAAAAGGCUGUGCUUGAUGACGUAGUGCACGUAACAAUAACUUUCGCGGUUAAAUUCCCAUGUACCGAAUAAAAAAUACAAGUUAAUUAAAUGGGUUUCAAUCGCAUUUUCAACUCUACUGAUGGUUUUCUCACAAAAAUGUUUGCGUUAUAUUAUAGCGAGUGUGCCCACUGUUAAUGGCAAGAGUGCUCUAGCCGAAAGCUCUAUGUGCGCGCUUUUGGCUAGCUAGUGCUGUUGGUUAUGCUGCGUUCAUAACAACUAAGAACUCGGGAACUGGCAACUCGGAAAUCUCCGACUUCCGAAUUCAGUGCGUUCAAAACAACUGGGAGCUUGUAAAAAAAAAAACCCAGCUCCGACUGGGAAAUAUCAUUUUAAACCGUCAUCCAACUCGGAAUUCCAACUCGUGAACUCGGCUUCGUUCUAGCGGCUUUUUUCUAGAGCUACGAUUUGAAGAGCACUGACGUCAUGAUUUGACCUCGUAUUUUUCAGAGUUCCCAGUUGUCUUGAAAUCACAAUUUUUAUGGACAGAAAGCAACAUUUUUAUGGACAAAGAAGCGAGAUUAUUUUUAUUUGUCAAAGGCAGCCAAGCAUCAAUUAUCAUGUCACCAGAAUAAAACCCUCGACAUUUAUUGGAAAGGAGCAUCAAACUCAUCACCCUGUGAAAUGUAUCAUAACUUUCAUCUGUAGCCUAAAAACGGCGUGCUUUCCCGACAAGUCCUAGUUGGAGGACCACACAACAUGUCAACGCGUGACUCCCAAGUUUACUUCGAUAUAAUGGUUAUUAUAUCAACAUUUACGCAUAAAAGUGUUUCCACCGACAUUUCUCGCAUAAUUCAUUUUACCGACACAAAAAGAUCCCACCUUUUCUAGCGUAUUUUGUUUUGUCGACAUUUGGAAAGUUUACCGAAAAUGUUGCUGUUUCUUUACUCGCAUAAACAGGUUGGAUGGAAACCUGGUUAGUAACACUGAUAAAUAUUGUAUCUCAUUUCCUUGUUGAUUUACUUUGUUGCAACGCCAAUGGCAUUUUUGAUAACUAGCCAGAGACCUCAGACACUCACCAGUUUCUUUGUACUGUUCUGACGUCAGUUGGAGACCAAAGCGGAGGUUGGGCGACCAGUGUGACUGUGAAUGACAGUCCGGUGAAGCUCUGUGAAAGAUCAAGGAAGUGAUUGCUAAACCGCCCGAGUUGGACGAGAAACAAGACGUUUCUUUUGAAAUUUUCCGCGAUUUCAGCCACAGUAAGUUUGAUCAUUUAUCUGUCCAUGUCUGUGAGUUGAUAGGUUCGGCGAUUUAACACAGAUAGACCUCCGUUUUUGUCUAGCAUCGAGUGCACAAGGAUGAGCAGAAAGUGAAGCGAGCGAGCCAUGGUUAUGUGAAGACAAUGGUUCUAAACAAAGAGCUGUCGGAUACAUUGUAAGGAGGAUUCAGCAUGUAAAUACAUUGUAUCUUUAGAUUGGAGUAUCGAUUUGGUUACAAUGUUGCUGAUGAUCAUAAUGAUUGAAAACAUUGACGAUGUGGCUUUCUAGCAAACUGACAAAUGUCCUACAAUAGGCUUCGCUCUCUUUGAUGUCUGUCACACGGGGAAGUCAAAUGUGAUUUUAAUGGUCAAUAAACGUUUUCAUUGUUUUUUACCACAGUCCAAGAAAAUGGUAAAAUAACAGUAUUGGGCUCUGUAUAACAAUCAAAUAUAAUCUACAGGAUGAUAGAUGGUAAAAAAUGCAUAAAUGGGAAAAAGAGAUGAAAAAAGAGAGAGAGAGAGAGGAGAGAUACCUACCUAUUGUCGACUGAACUUCAGUAAUUAACUUCAGUAACUGGCUUUGAGGCUCUUUCACAAUCUAAAUGAAAAGCCCGGUCCAGUUGAUGUCCAAGAUUCCACGUAUGAGGUUUUGCUAUUAGCUGUAGCCAAACAUUGUACUUGUUUUAUGUUAACAUUUGAGUCAUAUAGCAGACGCUCUUAUCCAGAGCGACUUACAGUAGUUAGUGAAUACAUUUUAAUAACUAUUUUUUUUGUACUGGUCCCCCGUGGGAAUCGAACCCACAACCCUGGCGCCAUGCUCUACCAACUGAGCUACACGGGAAAGUAAUUCAAGUUUUAGUGGGUUACUUAGUAUGUAGAAUGAAUCCAUUCAACUUGCAAAAUGAUGACGUAACCAUAUCAGUAGUGUAAAUGACUAAUGUCGUGGCAGAGGCUCAUGCCAGAGUUACACAGUACAGUAGGCGUAGCUUAGCAAGCCAAGCUGUCGAUAUACAAGGUUGGUGGUUAAGUGCUUGGCAACGUCCUGUUCCCAGAUCAAGAUACUGGCAUAGUAGGCUACUGGUAUUCAUGCUACACGUGAUCCCCAGAGCAUUAAGCUAAAGUUGUAUGAAUGCGAUAAAUAACUCUGAUAACCCACUGAGCUGAGUGGCUGUGGGAAGACUACUGUAGCCUACUAUGCCUUUCUGGAGAGUCGUUCCACGUCAUUUCAACAAGCCAUCAUACCCACACCAUCUCAGAUAAUUCUGAAAUUGUUUCUGUAGUUUUGAAACGGGUAAUAUUGGCAUUCCUGAUUUUUUUUAAAUUUUAAACAAAAUAAUAAUAAAGGACGAACUGAAUUGCUUUCGUGGAGGACUAGCUUGCAUUGUGAGGAUGACCACACAAUAUAUUGUCACAAUGAGCCAAAUCUAUUGGUUUUCUACCCAAAGUUGCAAAGGAAAUGUUGUGAUCUCCCGAGUGGCGCAGCGGUCUAAGGCACUGCAUCUCAGUGCUCGAGGCGUCACUACAGACCCCCUGGUUCGAUUCCAGGCUGUAUCACAACCGGCCGUGAUUGGGAGUCCCAUAGGGAGAACAUACACUAUGAGAACAUACAGAACAUAUAGAGACUAUAGAGAACAUACUAUAGAGAACAUACACUAUGGAAAUGGAACGGAGAGAGAUGCCAUAUUCAGAUGUCCUGCUGUGUUUGAAACUAUCUUUAAUUAUUUUGCCCCAUACAGGAGAACACCGCUUCUGAGGGGGUAUUCCUGCAGUCUCUUGGCCAUGUCUCCUGGGCCUCGCGUUGAGCUCACAGAAUGGAACUGUAGGUCAUCAUCAUCACUGUGAGACCUGCCCAGUCCCUGUUAUCGCCCAAUCAUGGCCCCCGUGCCACCUGGCAUCCGCUUCCUGGCCUCCUUCAACAGAGACCAGUGGUGAGUUUUGUUUGUCUGUCCGUCUGUCCGUCCGUCUGUCCACGUUCCCGCCUGUGUCCGUCUAUCUGUCCGUCUAUCUGCCUGUCUGUCUUGUUGUCUCUGUCAUUCAGAUAAAAAUGCACUCUGUCAUUAGUAGUUCAUCAAUUCAUUCAUCUAGAUGGCAAUGUCAUCAGAACAAUAUGUGUGGAUCAGGUCUAACAACAGUUGGUUCAAGAAGCAGGCUGUCCUCCUCUGACAAGUAAGCCUACUGAUCAUGUCACUCUUCUAAUCAAACCAGAUGUUCGGGUUUCUGUCUUUGCGUGUCUGCUUUCUAAUUCCACAGAGUCCUGUCUGUCCACUUGGGUUGUGUGCUUGUCUUGACAUUCUUUAGUGAAGGAUAUAUAGCCCAUCAUUCAGUUGGUUUGUACUACUCUUGUUAAUGGGGAUUUGUCUCUGCUGGUCUGGCUCACACGUGGACUUAGCUGUAAAUAGUUGAUGACAUAUCAUAUCAGGGCUCGAGCCAUACCGUGUGUGUGACCCUGUGUGUGUGUCGGUGUAAUGUAUGUACCGUUGCUUGCGCCUGUGUGUGCUGCCUGUAUCAAUUUCUAUUUAGUUCAAUAGAAUUAUGUGUGCGAGACAGGGAAUUGGCCGGCCCACAGAGAAUUAGAUUUUAUUUGCCUAUCCCAUUCAUUAUCAGGACCAGGAGUAGUUCCUGGUCAAGGUCAAACUGAAAAAAGAUUGCGAAACCAAGUUCUUAACCUGAAUUUUCAUAGGGGUAUUAAACUUUGAAGUAUUUAUUUGAACUCUGCCACAUUUCAUUGCAUUCCGACUGCUAGUUAUUCAGUGUGAGUGACGGUGGCAUGCUGAGAUCACGGCCGUAAACCUUUGGCCCUGUGUGACUGUAGCCAGUCUGUCUGGUGCUCUCAGAGCGGUGGAGCUGGGACAGUGGUGGUGUUCUGUGUUGUCACAGAGCCACUGACAUGUUUUACACUAAAUUACUGUUGACAGGGAAGACCAAACUGACUCCUUUCUGUCCUGCCUUGGGGGAGAACACAACCCCCUUUCCACUAGACACACACACAGAGAUACAAACACACACGUGCUGCCCAGCUAUUGUGAUUGUGCAUAGGCAAUCAGGGAUUCUCCCCUCUGACUGCUUUUCACCCCUUAGCAACUGGUCUCUAGGGCUGGUUUAUGGUGGUGUGACAUUACGAUGUCCAGACUGUCAUAAGUGUCUGUUUUAGGCUUGAUCAGGGGCAGACCCACGUUGAGGUGGCUGUGUUUGGCUAGUUCAGGGGCAGACCCACGUCAGGGUGGCUGUGUUUGGCUAGUUCAGGGGCAGACCCACGUCAGGGUGGCUGUGUUUGGCUUGAUCAGGGGCAGACCCACGUUGAGGUGGCUGUGUUUGGCUUGAUCAGGGGCAGACCCACGUUGAGGUGGCUGUGUUUGGCUUGAUCAGGGGCAGACCCACAUUGAGGUGGCUGUGUUUGGCUUGAUCAGGGGCAGACCCACGUUGAGGUGGCUGUGUUUGGCUAGUUCAGGGGCAGACCCACGUUGAGGUGGCUGUGUUUGGCUUGAUCAGGGGCAGACCCACGUCAGGGUGGCUGUGUUUGGCUUGAUCAGGGGCAGACCCACGUUGAGGUGGCUGUGUUUGGCUUGAUCAGGGGCAGACCCACGUUGAGGUGGCUGUGUUUGGCUUGAUCAGGGGCAGACCCACGUUGAGGUGGCUGUGUUUGGCUUGAUCAGGGGCAGACCCACGUUGAGGUGGCUGUGUUUGGCUUGAUCAGGGGCAGACCCACGUUGAGGUGGCUGUGUUUGGCUUGAUCAGGGGCAGACCCACGUUGAGGUGGCUGUGUUUGGCUUGAUCAGGGGCAGACCCACGUUGAGGUGGCUGUGUUUGACUAGGUCAGGGGCAGACCCACGUUGAGGUGGCUGUGUUUGGCUUGAUCAGGGGCAGACCCACGUUGAGGUGGCUGUGUUUGGCUUGAUCAGGGGCAGACCCACGUUGAGGUGGCUGUGUUUGGCUUGAUCAGGGGCAGACCCACGUUGAGGUGGCUGUGUUUGACUAGGUCAGGGGCAGACCCACGUUGAGGUGGCUGUGUUUGGCUUGAUCAGGGGCAGACCCACGUUGAGGUGGCUGUGUUUGGCUUGAUCAGGGGCAGACCCACGUUGAGGUGGCUGUGUUUGGCUUGAUCAGGGGCAGACCCACGUUGAGGUGGCUGUGUUUGACUAGGUCAGGGGCAGACCCACGUUGAGGUGGCUGUGUUUGGCUUGAUCAGGGGCAGACACACGUUGAGGUGGCUGUGUUUGGCUUGAUCAGGGGCAGACCCACGUCAGGGUCUGUCGAACUCGACUUAAUUGUCCACCAGGAAAUAACUGAUAAUGAGUGGGAGAUCUAAAGGAACAGCACAUAAUGGUUUUUAUUAUACUGACCAGCUCUCACUGGGUUUAUUAUACUGACCGGCUCUCACUGGGUUUAUUAUACUGACCAGCUCUCACUGGGUUUAUUAUACUGACCAGCUCUCACUGGGUUUAUUAUACUGACCAGCUCUCACUGGGUUUAUUAUACUGACCAGCUCUCACUGGGUUUAUUAUAAUGACCAGCUCUCACUGGGUUUAUUAUACUGACCAGCUCUCACUGGGUUUAUUAUACUGACCAGCUCUCACUGGGUUUAUUAUACUGACCAGCUCUCACUGGGUUUAUUAUACUGACCAGCUCUCACUGGGUUUAUUAUACUGACCAGCUCUCACUGGGGUUAUUAUACUGACCAGCUCUCACUGGGUUUAUUAUACUGACCAGCUCUCACUGGGUUUAUUAUACUGACCAGCUCUCACUGGGUUUAUUAUACUGACCAGCUCUCACUGGGUUUAUUUAUUUUCUGUUUACCAUCAAACGUCACGUUUCAGUGAUGCGUGUUGAUCCCGACAUCAAAAAGCUCUGUAGCAGUAUAGCUAACGCUAAUGUUGGGAUCUUGACAAACUUAACAGUGAGUGAGUGAUGACCAUGAAAACACGUCAGACUGGUUAUAGCUACUGCGUUUUCAACAUGGAUAUUAUUCUUCUGGCUUGAUCUAUUUGGGAUAUUUUACCUUACCUCGCUGGCUUGCUACCGUCUCGGUAAUCAAUCCUCUGAUGACAUCUGCGAGUUUGUAGAUGAUAACCAUCUGAUUUCUUGUUUGUUAACUGCAUUUGAAGUUGCAUGUGAUCCACUGCCAGGUCAACAAAGAGCUUUCUGAUGACGAAUUGCGCGCUCAACUUUUCAUGACGCGGCCGGGAAAUGGGUCUAUAUCUGACCCUGUAUCAGUGGAUGAACGCCACCCACUGACUACCUCCUCCUCCUCCAGUCCCUUACUGCUGCCCCCUGUGUUAUGUUGUCUCCCUCUAGGUACAGAGCCUCCAGUCCCUUACUGCUGCCCCCUGUGUUAUGUUGUCUCCCUCUAGGUACAGAGCCUCCAGUCCCUUACUGCUGCCCCCUGUGUUGUGUUGUCUCCCUCUAGGUACAGAGCCUCCAGUCCCUUACUGCUGCCCCCUGUGUUAUGUUGUCUCCCUCUAGGUACAGAGCCUCCAGUCCCUUACUGCUGCCCCCUGUGUUGUGUUGUCUCCCUCUAGGUACAGAGCCUCCAGUCCCUUACUGCUGCCCCCUGUGUUAUGUUGUCUCCCUCUAGGUACAGAGCCUCCAGUCCCUUACUGCUGCCCCCUGUGUUAUGUUGUCUCCCUCUAGGUACAGAGCCUCCAGUCCCUUACUGCUGCCCCCUGUGUUAUGUUGUCUCCCUCUAGGUACAGAGCCUCCAGUCCCUUACUGCUGCCUCCUGUGUUAUGUUGUCUCCCUCUAGGUACAGAGCCUCCAGUCCCUUACUGCUGCCCCCUGUGUUAUGUUGUCUCCCUCUAGGUACAGAGCCUUCACAUUUGGCCUCACCUUCCUGCUGUACACCAGCUUCCACCUGUCCAGAAAACCCAUCAGCAUUGUCAAGGUAACACACACACACACACACACACACACACAGACACUGAUGUAUCCUAUAGGCAAUUCACUGUACUACACUGGCAUAUUGCAUAAUAAGAGACUUACUCACUAUACACUCGUCUCCACGCACUAUACAGACAUGUUCUCAGCACAGGUGCUAUUGUAAGCAGUCACAGUGCAGAGCCAGGGCAUUAACCCUUUUUAUAAACCGGGUGGUUCGAGCCCUGAAUGCUGAUUUAUUUGGCUGAAAGCCGCGGUAUAUCAGACCGUAUACCACUGGUAUGACCAAAAAUUACGCUAGUAACCAGUAUAAUAGCAAUAAGGCACCUUGGGUGUUUGUGGUAUAUGGCCAAUGUACCACGGCUAAGGGCUGUAUCCAGGCACUGUGCGUUGCUUGGUUACCAAGGCAACUACUGUCACUAUCAAAUAAACUUGCUAGCUACUUCAGUGGAUGUUGAACACAUUUCUAGCAGCAAAUGUGUUAAAUGAUAGCCUUGGUAUAAAAGGGAUAAUCAACUCGGGGCUCUAUGCGUUCUCUGGAAAAUAAUGCAACUCCGUGAUAGGUCAGUUUCACUCCACUAGCACGUUGUGGACCACACCUUCCACAUUGUUCCUUAUUUUCCAGAGAACGCAUAGAUCCCCUUGUUGAUUAUCUCUUACAUGGAACUGUCCCGUGUAGCUCAGUUGGUAGAGCAUGGCGGUUGCAACGCCAGGGUUGUGGGUUCGAUUCCCACCGGGGGACUAGUAUGAAAAUGUAUGUACUCACUAACUGUAAGUCGCUCUGGAUAAGAGCGUCUGCUAAAUGACUAAAAUGUAACUGAUGUUAUCAUCUACCAUUGUCUAAUUUGGAACCAUAGCAUGGCUGCACACUGCUUGAUAUUGGAAUGAAUGUAUGACAAGCUAAAUGUAUGCUGUAGCUUGUGCUUUUUUUUUUUUUCAUUUUGAGGGUGUUUUGGACUGAGUAAUGAAUAUGCAUGUUUUCUCAUGGUGGUUAUACUUGCUCCAUAGAGUGAGCUGCAUAAGAACUGCUCAGCUCUCCAUGAGCUCUCCUUAGCUGGUAGUAGGCAGCCGCAGAGCCUCCACACAGACUGCAGCUGGAAACCCUUUGGUAAGAAUCCUUGUUCUCCCCCGUCUUCCUCUGCCUGACGCUCUUCCUCUGCCUGACGCUCUUCCUCUGCCUGACGCUCUUCCUCUGCCUGACGCUCUUCCUCUGCCUGACGCUCUUCCUCUGCCUGACGCUCUUUCUCUGCCUGACGCUCUUUCUCUGCCUGACGCUCUUUCUCUGCCUGACGCUCUUUCUCUGCCUGACGCUCUUCCUCUGCCUGACGCUCUUCCUCUGCCUGACGCUCUUUCUCUGCCUGACGCUCUUUCUCUGCCUGACGCUCUUUCUCUGCCUGACGCUCUUCCUCUGCCUGACGCUCUUCCUCUGCCUGACGCUCUUCCUCUGCCUGACGCUCUUCCUCUGCCUGACGCUCUUCCUCUGAUGACCCUCUUCUUCUCAAUCCCUCUUACACCAAUUCCCAUUCCAUCCCACCUAUUCCACCUACCUACCUUCCCAUUCCACCUACCUACCUACCUUCCCAUUCCAUCCCACCUAUUCCACCUACCUACCUUCAUUCCAUCCCACUAGUUCCACCUCCUCCUUCCCAUUCCAUCCCACCUAUCCACCUACCUACCUUCCCAUUCCAUCCCACCUAUGCCACCACCUACUACCUUCCAUUCCAUCCCACCUAUCCACCUACCUACCCUUCCCCAUUCCAUCCCACCUAUUCCACCUACCUACCUACCUUCCCAUUCCAGCCACCUAUUCCACCUACCUACCACCUCCACAUCCCAUUCCAUCCCACCUUCCCCCACUACCUCCCAUCCCCAUUCCACCACUAUCCACACUACCUACCUUCACCAUCCCCCACCUAUUCACAUACCCACCAUCCACCUACCACCUACUACCUCCUCCCAUUCCAUCCCACCUAUUCCACCUACCUACCUUCCCAUUCCAUCCCACCUAUUCCACCUACCUACCUUCCCAUUCCAUCCCACCUAUUCCACCUACCUACCUUCCCAUUCCAUCCCACCUAUUCCACCUACCUACCUUCCCAUUCCAUCCCACCUAUUCCACCUACCUACCUUCCCAUUCCAUCCCACCUAUGCCACCUACCUACAUUCCCAUUCCAUCCCACCUAUUCCACCUACCCACCUUCCCAUCCCACCUAUUCCACCUACCUACUUUCCCUACACAUUUUUUGUCGAUCCCAUAACCAAAUCCAGGGGUCUGUAUUCAGAUAAGUGGCCCUUGGUGGAAUUGAUGUUAUUCUCAUGCAAAACCUAUUUUCACAAUUUCUAGAUAAAAGCAACUAUAAGCAGCUUCUGGGAGCCAUGGACUACUCCUUCCUCUGUGCCUACGCUGUGGGAAUGUUCCUCAGGUAAAGCUUCAACUAGGCUCUCCACUUGACCUGACCAGGGGAAAUUUCUGGGUGUGUUGUUAGCAAAAAAAGUGCCUGGAGUUGAUCCUGGACAGGUCAGUUGAUUAGGAAAACCCAUUAAUAAAAAAAUGCACCCACCAAUGACUUACUGCUAGCUGCUACUUUACCUUGAGCGAGAGUGACAACGCUCAAGAUCUGAGUCGGUGACAGUUUGUGUUCUAUAAGAGGCCCAGUGAUUUUAUGUCCUGAACCUGGGAGGAGAUUGUGUCACGUCCCGUGAUUGUGUCUAGAAAAAUAGAUAGUUUUAAAGCUACAAGCAUUCACUCAGCAGGCUGUUGUUGCUAACGUCCUUCAGCUUGCACAACCUGUGCUAGAUAGGCUAGAGCAGGGCUACCCGACCCUCUUCCUGGAGAUCUACCGUCCUGUGGGUUUUCAGUCCGACCCUCUUCCUGGAGAUCUACCGUCCUGUGGGUUUUCAGUCCGACCCUCUUCCUGGAGACCUACCGUCCUGUGGGUUUUCAGUCCGACCCUCUUCCUGGAGAUCUACCGUCCUGUGGGUUUUCAGUCCGACCCUCUUCCUGGAGACCUACCGUCCUAAUGGAAGUAGCAGUAGAAUAUUGUUGUCCAUUAGUUUACUCCAAUCGGGGAGGGGGGGAAUUAUUAAUAAAAAUAAGGGGGAUUAGAAAUGAUGCAAAUCAUUAAAUUGAUAGAACAUUGACAUUGAAUUAUGUUUUUUCAUUUAAAACUGAUGUUCUUUUAUAUAUCUGGGGGAGAAGAUGCUGAGAAGACACCAGACAUUUUGCCAGCUUGCUUUGAUCUGAUGCAUUGUUAAUAUGUCAUCAUUGUGCGUCCUGCAGUGGCAUCAUCGGCGAGCGCCUGCCCAUCCGUCUGUACCUGACGUUUGGGAUGCUGAUGAGUGGCCUCUUCACCUGCCUGUUUGGUCUGGGCCGCAUCUACAACAUCCACAACCUCAGCUUCUAUAUAAUUGUCCAGGUGAUUCACACACAUACCUAGAAUGCCCCCCCCCCCCCCCCCCCCACACACACACACACACACACACACACACACACACACACACACACGUUGGAGUUGAGAGAUCAGAGGACAAUUAUUCUGUAUUCUGAAUGUUUUUCUAGCUGCUCUCAUUGCUCCCAAGUCUAACAUACUCCUCUGUGUGCUUGUCCUCUGCCUCAGGUGGCCAAUGGCUUGGUUCAGACUACUGGCUGGCCCAGUGUUGUCACAUGCAUCGGGAACUGGUUUGGGAAGGGAAGGUAAACCACAAUAUCUGGUAUUAUUCUACUGAUUCCUCUAUAGUUCAGAUACAUUGAAGUUAAUAUGAGAUGCAUCGAAGUUACAAUAGUAUUUUAACUAUGUUAACUGGUUUCCCUGGUCGGAGGGGUCUGAUCAUGGGCCUGUUCAAGUCAUAACACUAUCCUAACCCUGUUUUAACUGGUUCUCUCUACAGGAGGGGUCUCAUCAUGGGCGUAUGGAACUCCCACACCUCCGUAGGCAACAUCCUGGGCUCUUUGAUCGCAGGUUACUGGGUCUCCUCCAACUGGGGCUUGUCCUUCAUCGUCCCCGGCCUCGUCAUCGCUUUCAUGGGUGUCGUCUGCUUCCUCUUCCUCAUCGAACGUGAGUACUGCUCUGCGACUGGUUGGAGGAAGAGACUCUCUUUCCAUUGACCUCAGAGAAGUUUUGAUGCAUGAUUUAUGUGAUGGUAAAAGUUUUGCAUGCUGAAAUUCACAACUAAUCUGACUGGUUUUCUCUGUAGAUCCAAAUGAUCUGAGAAGCAUCCAUGAUGUACAGAGCCCUGCUCCCAGCAACAAUGUGAGUGCUUAACAUGUCUCUCUUGGUCCAAAGCAUCUCUACUAAGUAUAGAUAUAAUAUGGGGACAUUUCAGAGGUAUAAAUACACAAACAUAUUCAUGAAUCACAGACAGACAAAGCCCAUUUUAUGCUUAGUGUAAGUACCAUUUUUGUAAAUGUGUGUGGACAUUUGUUUGUUUGUUUGUUUUGUGAGCCAUGAGUGGAGCCCACGUCUUCAGAAUUUGCCUGAAUAGCAUCGUUUCCAUGACAACUGUCUCCCACUUUAGCUCAUUGCGUAGCGGGAGAGUAGCUGAGUGUCUCCGAGAGCGUGGGCUGGCUCUGGUAAAAAAAAAAAAAAAGGCCUCUCUGGAGACAGACACACAUCAAAAAGGGAUAAAACAUAAUUAACGUUUACCAUGUGGGUGGAUUCAUUGUAUAAGCUUUAUUUAGGGUUCUUCUUGAUUGACAGGUGUUGUUUUCAUUCUCACACACUAGUUUGAACUGCAUUGCAGAUGUUUACAUUGGUGGCUGCUGGAGCACUAUAUCAUGAUGGUGAAAACUGAAUGUACAGUGGCUUGUGAAAGUAUUCACCCCCCUUGGCAUUUUUCCUAUUUUGUUGCCUUACAACCUGGAAUUAAAAUUGAUGUUGUAUCAUUUGAUUUACACAACAUGCCUACCACAAAAUAUUUUUUAUUGUGAAACAAACAAGAAAUAAUACAAAAAAACAGAAAGCUUGAGCGUGCAUAGCUAUUCAUCCCCCCCAAAGUCAAUACUUUGUAGAGCCACCUUUUGCAGCAAUUACAGCUGCAAGUCUCUUGGGGUAUGUCUCUAUAAGCUUGGCACAUCUAGCCACUGGGAUUUUUGCCCAUUCUUCAAGGCAAAACUGCUCCAGCUCCUUCAAGUUGGAUGGGUUCCGCUGGUGUACAGCAAUCUUUAAGUCAUUCCACAGAUUCUCAAUUGGAUUGAGGUCUGGGCUUUGACUAGAACAUUCCAAGACAUUUAAAUGUUUCCCCUUAAACCACUCAAGUGUUGCUUUAGCAGUAUGCUUAGGGUCAUUGUCUUGCUGGAAGGUGAACCUGCAUCCCAGCCUCAAAUCUCUGAAAGUCUGAAACAGGUUUCCCUCAAGAAUUUCCCUGUAUUUAGCGCCAUCCAUCAUUCCUUCAAUACUGACCAGUUUCUCAGUCCCUGCCGGUGGAAAAACAUCCCCACAGUAUGAUGCUGCCACCACCAUGCUUCACUGUGGGGAUGGUGUUCUCGGGGUGAUGAGAGGUGUUUUGUUUGCGCCAGACAUAGCGUUUUCCUUGAUGGCCAAAAAGCUCAAUUUUAGUCUCAUCUGACCAGAGUACCUUCUUCCAUAUGUUUGCUUAUUUUUUUCUUUAAGCAAUGGCUUUUUUCUGGCCACUCUUCCGUAAAGCCCAGCUCUGUGGAGUGUACGGCUUAAAGUGGUCCUAUGGACAGAUACUCCAAUCUCCGCUGUGGAGCUUUGCAGCUCCUUCAGGGUUAUCUUUAGUCUCUUUGUUGCCUCUGAUUAAUGCCCUCCUUGCCUGGUCCAUGGGUUUUGGUGGGCGGCCCUCUCUUGGCAGGUUUGUUGUGGUGCCAUAUUCUUUCCAUUUUGUAAUAAAUUAUUUAAUGGUGCUCCGUGGUUUCUGAUAUUUUUUUAUAACCCAACCCUGAUCUGUACUUCUCCACAACUUUGUCCCUGACCUGUUUGGAGAGCUCCUUGGUCUUCAUGGUGCCACUUGCUUGGUGGUGCCCCUUGCUUAGUGGUUUUGUAGACUCUGGGGCCUUUCAGAACAGGUGUAUAUAUAUAUAUAUACUGAGAUCAUGUGACAGAUCAUGUGACACUUAGAUUGCACACAGGUGGACUUUAUUUAACGAAUUAUGUGACUUCUGGAGGUAAUUGGUUGCACCAGAUCUUAUUUAGGGGCUUCAUAGCAAAGGGGGUGAAUACAUAUGCACGCACCACUUUUCCGUUAUUAAUGUUUUAGAAUUGUUUGAAACAAGUUAUUUUUUUCAUUUCACUUCACCAAUUUUGACUAUUUUGUGUGUGUCCAUUACAUGAAAUCAAAAUAAAAUCCAUUACAGGUUGUAAUGCAACAAAAUAGGAAAAACACCAAGGGGGAUGAAUACUUUUGCAAGGCACUGUAGCUUCAUAUGGACUCUGUAACAUGAUGGUAAACAGUAUUGUACUUGGUUUUGUUUCCUCCUCAUGUAAAUGCUGACCAAGAGCUGGAAGGAGGUGAAUGGACACAAGCAGCUCUGUCAUUCGUACAAACAAGGAGGCAAAUCUCAGGUGAGUGUCUGUUUUUAUCUGAGUUUGUCUGUGUUUACGUUAGUGUCUGUAUAUAGAUCUUAGUGUUAUUAACCCUCCGUCUCCCUCUCAGAACUGGGACACAGAUUUGCUGCUCCCUGUACAGCAGGUGGUGGUGGUGAAGAGUGAAUCAGAGCCGUCGGCCAUCAGCUUCAUGGGAGCCUUACGCAUACCGGUCAGUCACCUGAGCUCACAUAUCACACACACUGUUUUGUAUUGAUAUCCUUGUGGGGACCAAAGAAUGGAUUCCCAUCCAAAAUCCUAUUUUCCUUAACCCUAAACCCCUAACCCUAAAAUUACACCUAACCCUAACUCCUAACCCUAAAACUACACCUAACUCCUAACACUACACCUAACCGUAACCACUAACCCUAAAACUUAACCCUAACUCCUAACCCUAAACCUAACCGUAACCCUAAAACUACACCUAACCCUAACUCCUAAACCUAACCGUAACCCCUAACCCUAAAACUACACUUAACCCUAACUCCUAACCCUAAACCUAAUCGUAACCACUAACCCUAAAACUACACUUAACCCUAACUCCUAACCCUAAAACUACACUUAACCCUAACUCCUAACCCUAAACCUAACCGUAACCCCUAACCCUAAAACUACACUUAACCCUAACUCCUAACCCUACACCUAACCGUAACCACUAACCCUAAAACUACACUUAACCCUAACUCCUAACCCUACACCUAACCGUAACCCCUAACCCUAAAACUACACUUAACCCUAACUCCUAACCCUAAACCUAACCUUAACCCCUAACCCUAAUUGUACCCCUAACCCCUAAAAGCCUAAAAUAGCAUUUAUCCUCCUGAGGACCGGCUAAAUGUCCCCACUGGUCAGAAUUGUCCUUGUUGAACUAUCCUUGUGAGGACUUCUGGUACCAACAAGGAUAGUUAAACAAACACACUCACACUGCUGCUGAGGGGAGGACGGCUCAUAACAAUGGCUGGAACGGAGCAAAUGGAAAGGCAUCAAACCAUGUGUCUGAUGUAUUUCAUACCGUUGCACUGAUUCCGCUCCAGCUAUUACCACGAGCCCUCCCCAAUUAAGGUGCCACCAACCUCCUGUGACACACGCACCAACGCCCACGCCCUGUUCCCCAAAGCCAGGGUGUCAAACUCAUUUCCUGGAAGGGCGUGUAUCGGCUGGUUUUUGUUAUUUCCCUAAACAUACACCAUACAAAGUACCUUUCUAUUCUGGACAACUAUAAAGCUUUAUUUGUUGACAGUAUGAUUCUGUCUUUCUCCCUCCAGGGAGUGAUAGAGUUCUCUCUGUGUCUGCUGUUUGCCAAGCUGGUCAGCUACACCUUCCUCUUCUGGCUGCCGCUCUACAUCACUAAAGCAGGUGUGUACAUUACGCUACACUCAGUCCACCAACACCCUUUCCCCUGCUACAUCCGUAUAGGAACUCUGUCUGGGCAUUGUUGUAAGAUACAAGAUCUACAAGAUAUACAGGAUGUGUCAGGGCAUUCAGUCUUUGUCUGAUACCUAUCUGACAUUAGGUCUUGAUGUUCUGUGGUCAGCUCUGCCAGGUAGUAUUCCUAAGCUCUGCCACGUAGUAUUCCUAAGCUCUGCCAGGUAGUAUUCCUAAACUCUGCCAGGUAGUAUUCCUAAGCUCUGCCAGGUAGUAUUCCUAAACUCUGCCAGGUAGUAUUCCUAAGCUCUGCCAGGUAGUAUUCCUAAGCUCUGCCAGGUAGUAUUCCUAAGCUCUGCCACAUAGUAUUCCUAAGCUCUGCCACGUAGUAUUCCUAAGCUCUGCCACAUAGUAUUCCUAAGCUCUGCCACGUAGUAUUCCUAAGCUCUGCCAGGUAGUAUUCCCUAAGCUCUGCCAGGUAGUAUUCCCUAAGCUCUGCCACGUAGUAUUCCCUAAGCUCUGCCAGGUAGUAUUCAUAAGCUCUGCCAGGUAGUAUUCCUAAGCUCUGCCACGUAGUAUUCCUAAGCUCUGCCACGUAGUAUUAUUAGUAUCUCUUGUUUUGUUUGCCAGAGGGUGUGUUGAGAAAAUGUGUUGUUUGUCUGUCUCAGCUCACCUAGAUGCCAAGAAGGCCGGAGAUCUCUCCACUCUGUUUGACGUGGGAGGAAUUGUGGGUAUGUUCCCUUUUUUUGUUUUUACAUCUGUUCUUUUCAUGUAGCUUCAUGAUGUCAAAACGAACCAUAUCAUUUUCUUGUGAUCUGGACGUUUAUGCACCUUUGUGUGUGUUUUGUGUCAGAGAUUUUAUUCGUCAAGAUUAUCAUUGGGAAUGAAUAGACAUCAUUCCUGCAUCAUUGGAAUUGAACUACCCUCAAACCACUCCUUUCUUCUUACUUGUUGUGCUCAUCACAUCUUUUCCCUCUCUCCCUCUCUCCCUCUCUGUCUCUCUGUGUCUGUCUGUCUCUCCCUCUCUGUCUGUCUCUCUGUCUCUCUAUCUCUCUGCCUCUCUGUGUCUGUCUGUCUGUCUAGGGGGAAUCCUGGCUGGGGUCAUAUCUGAUAAGCUGGGAAAGAGGGCCACCACCUGUGCAGUGAUGCUGCUGCUGGCUGCUCCUACUGUGAGUCUCUCUCUCUCUCUCUCUCUCUUUUUUUCUCGCUCUCUCGCUCUCUCGCUCUCUCGCUCUGUCUGUCUCUGAGUCUCACUCUCUGCCUCCCCCUGUUGUACAGGACAGGAGUCACAGUUGAUCAUCUCAAUGAAUAAAAUGAUAAGCAUGCAUCGUGAAUCUUACAGGACAUGUACACUGCGUGUACAAAACAUUAAAAACACCUUCCUAAUAUUAAGUUGCACCACCCACUUUUGCCUUCAGAACAGCCUCAAUUGGUUGGGGCAUGGACUCUGCAAGGUGUCAAGUGAUCCACAGGGAUGCUGGCCCAUGUUGACUCCAAUGCUUCCCACAGUUUUCAAGUUGGCUAGAUGUCCUUUGGGUGGUGGACCAUUCUUGAUACACACGGGAAACGGUUAAGUGUAAAAAACCCAGCAGCGUUGCAGUUCUUGAUACAAACCAGUGCGCCUGGCACAUACAACCAUACCCUGUUCAAAGGCACUUAAAUAUUUUAUCUUACCCAUUAACACUCUGAAUGGCACACAUACACAAUCUUCACUGAACAAAAAUAUAAACGCAACAUGUGAAGUGGAUUUGACAUGUGACAUCAUUGAGGGAUCAUAGCUUUCACCUAGUCAGUCUGUCAUGGAAAGAGCAGGUGUUCUUAAUGUUUUGUCCACUCAGUGUAUUUGACAGCUGUUUUGUUCAUUAUUUCAGCUUUAUGGCUUUUCUAUGAUCAGUGAGUUUGGACUGGGACCCACCAUCGGUAUGGAUCAAUUCUCAUAUACUCCAGUUUGUGUUGAGGGAUUGACUGAAUCCCACUCCUGAGCCCAUUGACUUCUAUAACAAAAAUAAAUAAAUAAAUGUAUGCACUCACUAACUGUAAAUCGCUCUGGAUAAGAGCGUCUGCUAAAUGACUAAAAUGUUAAAAAAAUAUAUAAAUAUUGGCUGUGCUAUUUUGACUGUCAAUGACCAACAGGUGAACAGAAUUAUGUCACAAGCUUGGUUGGUUUUGACAUUCAACCAACGAUCAAGUGAAUCAUGUUUGGAUGUGCCGUGUACCCCGUAGGUAUGCUGCUGGUGUGUGGAGGUCUAGUGAAUGGACCAUAUGCCCUUAUUACAACCGCAGUGUCUGCUGAUCUGGUGAGUGAGAGUGUGUGUGAGCGUGAGAGUGAGAGUGUGAGUGAGAGUGAGAGUGAGAGUGAGAGUGUGAGUGUGAGUGAGAGUGAGAGUGAGAGUGUGAGUGAGAGUGAGAGUGAGAGUGAGAGUGAGAGUGAGAGUGAGAGUGAGAGUGAGAGUGAGAGUGAGAGUGAGAGUGUGAGUGUGAGUGUGAGUGUGAGUGUGAGUGUGAGUGUGAGUGUGAGUGUGAGUGUGAGUGGAGUGAGAGUGAGAGUGAGAGUGAGAGUGAGAGUGAGAGUGAGAGUGAGAGUGAGAGUGAGAGUGAGAGUGAGAGUGAGAGUGUGAGUGUGUUGCGAGUCUGUCUCGCUAUCCUUUUACACUGUUUAUAAUCCUCCCUAGUUUUAUCUUCCUGUGCCCUUUUUGAACGGCCAUACUAUUUCAGUAUUUCCUGUGUGUGGGCCUCUCUCUGACCUCAAAUCCCUCUCUGUUUUGACCUUUGACUCCAGGGAACACACAAGAGCCUGAAGGGCAACUCCAGGGCCCUUUCAACUGUCACAGCCAUCAUCGACGGCACAGGAUCAGUAGGUUAGUCUCAUACACUCCUCAGCCAUCAUCGACGGCACAGGAUCAGUAGGUUAGUCUCAUACACUCCUCAGCCAUCAUCGACGGCACAGGAUCAGUAGGUUAGUCUCAUACACUCCUCAGCCAUCAUCGACGGCACAGGAUCAGUAGGUUAGUCUCAUACACUCCUCAGCCAUCAUCGACGGCACAGGAUCAGUAGGUUAGUCUCAUACACUCCUCAGCCAUCAUCGACGGCACAGGAUCAGUAGGUUAGUCUCAUACACUCCUCAGCCAUCAUCGACGGCACAGGAUCAGUAGGUUAGUCUCAUACACUCCUCAGCCAUCAUCGACGGCACAGGAUCAGUAGGUUAGUCUCAUACACUCCUCAGCCAUCAUCGACGGCACAGGAUCAGUAGGUUAGUCUCAUACACUCCUCAGCCAUCAUCGACGGCACAGGAUCAGUAGGUUAGUCUCAUACACUCCUCAGCCAUCAUCGACGGCACAGGAUCAGUAGGUUAGUCUCAUACACUCCUCAGCCAUCAUCGACGGCACAGGAUCAGUAGGUUAGUUUCAUACACUCCUCAGCCAUCAUCGACGGCACAGGAUCAGUAGGUUAGUCUCAUACACUACUCAGCCAUCAUCGACGGCACAGGAUCAGUAGGUUAGUCUCAUACACUCCUCAGCCAUCAUCGACGGCACAGGAUCAGUAGGUUAGUCUCAUACACUCCUCAGCCAUCAUCGACGGCACAGGAUCAGUAGGUUAGUCUCAUACACUCCUCAGCCAUCAUCGACGGCACAGGAUCAGUAGGUUAGUCUCAUACACUCCUCAGCCAUCAUCGACGGCACAGGAUCAGUAGGUUAGUCUCAUACACUCCUCAGCCAUCAUCGACGGCACAGGAUCAGUAGGUUAGUCUCAUACACUACUCAGCCAUCAUCGACGGCACAGGAUCAGUAGGUUAGUCUCAUACACUCCUCAGCCAUCAUCGACGGCACAGGAUCAGUAGGUUAGUCUCAUACACUCCUCAGCCAUCAUCGACGGCACAGGAUCAGUAGGUUAGUCUCAUACACUCCUCAGCCAUCAUCGACGGCACAGGAUCAGUAGGUUAGUCUCAUACACUCCUCAGCCAUCAUCGACGGCACAGGAUCAGUAGGUUAGUCUCAUACACUCCUCAGCCAUCAUCGACGGCACAGGAUCAGUAGGUUAGUCUCAUACACUCCUCAGCCAUGAUCGACGGCACAGGAUCAGUAGGUUAGUCUCAUACACUCCUCAGCCAUCAUCGACGGCACAGGAUCAGUAGGUUAGUCUCAUACACUCCUCAGCCAUCAUCGACGGCACAGGAUCAGUAGGUUAGUCUCAUACACUCCUCUCCUGUUGCCUCCAACCAUACCAGUCAGAUCCUACAUGAUGAAGUAGCUCCACAAGGCAAUGGGUUGCUUUAGAAUUCAGCAUAGGACUAUCUCUGUGACUUACUAACGGUCCUCUGAUGUUAUGUGUUCUUCUCAGGUGCAGCGAUAGGCCCCCUCCUGGCAGGAGUGUUGUCGUCACGGGGAUGGUACCAGGUCUUCUACAUGCUGAUGGCAGCGGACUUCCUAGCACUGUUGGUUUGUACUGAUGCUAAUCUUCUAAAUAGUUGACCUGAAAUGUGCAUUUAAUGUGUGUGGAUCUCAUAGAAUGAGGCUUUAAUGUGUGUGGAUGUGUUUUCUCUGUAGCUGUUGCUGCGGCUGGUGACGAAGGAGCUGACCUCCGCUAACGUGGUUAAACCUCGUUCUGGCAGCACCACCGUAGAGUGAGUGACUUCUCUCUGUUUGGUAUAGAUUCUACCUAUUGUACUAUGGUGGUAUCCAGGUUAUAUAAACAUGACUGAGGCCACUGAUCAUGUUCUAAGAUCAUACCCAGAAGACCUGCUAACCUCCCCUGUUAUUGGUAAUAGUGAGAGGUUACCAUGUCUUGCGGGUAUGAUCUUUGACCCUCUGUAACUUUCUCAUUCAUCAUUAUUCACGAUUCAUUAAGGAUUAUAUUUAGGGGCUUCAUAGCAAAGAGGGUGAAUACAUAUGCGCACACCACUUUUCCGUUAUUUAUUUUUUAGAAUUUUUUGAAACAAGAAUACUUUUGCAAGGCACUGUACAUGGCUCCUAGCCUACCAUGCAUAUUGCUACUUUCUGUCCCUAACACUAAAACUAAAUAAAUAAAUAACGAAAUAUAAAUGUUUUUAUCAACUAGUAAAUCAAGUCUGAAAACUAACUGAAACUAAACAGAAUUUCUAAAUAGAAAUAAAAACGAAUAGAAAAUCCCAACUAUAAUAACCUUGUGAAGUCUACAGGUACGUUAGCGUUCGUCUGACUCAGGGUAGAAGAACAACCAAACAAAAAUAAUAAUUAAUUAAUUAAUUGCCAGAAUCUUACUAAUUAAUUACUUUUUAGUAGAAAAAGAAUUAAACAAAUUCCAUGAGAAUCUCCAUAUAUCGAAUGAUCUACUAUCACGCGUUCAAUUCACCAAAUUCCUAGGUGUCCUUAUUGACGAAAAAACAUCUGUCUGUCUCAUCUCAUCCCAAGAAAAUAUUAGUUUGAUCUAUUGCCUACCACACCUUAAUUACAUUUACAUUUUAGUCAUUUAGCAGACGCUCUUAUCCAGAGCGACUUACAGUUAGUGUAUGCAUACAUGUUUUGUUUUUUUCAUACUGGCCCCCCGUGGGAAACGAACCCACAUCGCUGCCGGCCAAACCCUCCCCUACCUUGGCGACGCUGGACCGAUUGUGCGCCGCCCAUGGGUCUUCUGGUCGCGGCCGGCUGCGACAGAGCCUGGAUCUCUAGUGGCACAGCUAGCACUGCGAUGCAGUGCCUUAGACCACUGCGCCACUCGGGAGACCCAAAUCUACUCAUUUGUCUCAUAUUGCAAUAUAGUCUGGGCCACUACUUAUAAAAGCAACCUCAAUAACAUCUUCCAUCUCCAAAAACGUUUUGUGAGGAUGGCAACUCACUCAGACAGUCAUGCCAGUUCCUCACCUUCAAAUCCUCUAUUUAUGUCAACCAACACUUCCAAGUGUGUCUGUUUUGUGUUCCAAUUCAAAAUGAAUCUACUCCCCGUUUCUUUUCAAACACCUAUUCAAAUUCAAUAUUCAGGUUCAUCAUUACUCUACAGGAACUGCCAGCGAUCUCCACUUCCCAUUUUUUCGUACAAGAUUAGGUCAAUCUUCCAUCACAUCCGUUUUUUUUGGAACAGUCUCCCGGACCACCCAAUGAUGUAUAUAAACCCUGGAUUGCUGAUCCUAUGUAUUGGCCAUUGAGAGGCUUUGAAGCCACCCGUCGGCCAUAUUGUCACUCCCCAGUAGGAGCAGUCCUCCAUAGGAAUGAAUGGUAUUCUACAGUAUUUCAAUUAAACGUUUCAAGGACAUAAUUACAUGUAUUUAAGUAUUUUUCUGCUGUAGUGGGGACAGUAACAUUAGUAAUUUCAAACAAUUAUACUUUUAAGAAAUGUUUUGUAUAUAUUUAUUCAUUUUUUGUAUUUAUGUUGAGCUCAUAUAAUUUAAAAGUAUGCAUUGUAAUGGAAUUUUUUGCAAUGGUGGGGGAGUGCCAAGAUGGAGGUGCGGUGGCAUUAAAACAGCGCCCCCUGUCAGUCAUCUAGUGUAUAUAUGUUAUUGGAACCACCUCAUGCACUGCAACACCUUAAACUCCUUCAAAUACAAAAUUAACAAAUAUCUACUAGACAUUCCAUACAAUGACUCAUCCCAAUAACCUUCUGCCAUAUAUCCAUAACAAUUAUGCUGAUUCAUGAUUUCGACUGGCUGAGAAAAGCUGCCUGCUUUUCUGCCUCGGCCUGACUCCUGACCCCUACGCUUCAUUACUAUGGGACAGCUGGAGAUCGAAUUUCAAUAUUGAAACAAUGUUACAAAUGUCAAGAGAGACAGAAAGCAAGGUUUAUACAAAUCUCCGCUAUUGAAAACCAAUUGCUAGUCUAAAAGAAAGUGGAGAUUUAAGUUUAUAAAUUGCCUGGCUGGGCUGAUGAGACAGUGGAUUGCGCAGUCAGAUGGAACAGAGUAAAUAGGCAUUUCAACAUCAUAGCUUUAGCCGGUGGUAACUUGUGGAAUAGACACGGGCUGGAAUGCGGUUUUAACCAAUCAUCAUCCAGGAUUAGACCCAACCGUUGGAUAAAUCCCAAUAACCUUCUGCCUAUCUGUCACUCAUUUUGAUUAUUUAACUUAAAUCUCCUUUCUUUUUUUUACCCAAUUCAUCAUGUUUUCAUUUUUUUUUUCAUUUGUGUAAAUCUAUUUGUUUCUUAAAUCAGGAUACUUUUUAUUUUUAUUUUUAUGUUCUAUAAACAUUUGAAAGGGAGAGGUGCCUUAACGAGCAAAUAAAUAAAUCAUAGUUACUGAUCAAAGUCUGUUUUUCUGUUUCUCUCUUUUAGGAUGAAGGAGCACUAAGCACUUGCACUAAACUCCAGACAGAGGAGCGAACAGACUUAGUACAGACACACACACUGCAUCUUAUACCACUAACCUGUACCUCUGUCCAGUAACUGAACUAGUGUGAAGCAGCACCUCUUGGAACCGAAUGAAAGCCGAUGAAGAUUCAGUAACAGAGGAUAAUAAAGUAACCAAGCCAGCCAAAGUUCAUCUCAGCACAAACCACUACAACUUUUCUUUUAGUUGUUCUACAGCACACUGGGCUUAAAAAAAUAAAAAUGGUUUACUGUCACAUCUGCCUUAUGGAACCAAAGAUUGUGGGGAAAUGCAUUAUAAUUUAUAUGAAAUUAUUAUUAUUAUUAUUAUUAUUUAAGUUGACAUAUUAUUCUGUUCUGCUGUGUAUUUUCUCUGUAAAUAAAGUAAUAUGCAGGGACUGCAAUGUAUUUUUAUAUGAUCACCAAAUUAUGUUUAUGUUUGGUGACUUGAAUCCUAUGAAUGUAAAAUGUGUGUUUGAGUAUGAAAUUCUAUAUACCAACUCUAACUGAUGAGGAGGAUCAAUCAUUUCUCAGUAAGCUUUCUUUAGGCAGUGCGAUGUUGAAAACUAUAGUGAUGUUCUUAUGUAGAAAAUAUCAAAUGCCAUCAUCCCAAACCUUAAACACUCACAUAAAGUGAGUUCAUUUAGUCUUGCCUCUAGAAUUGUGAACAUUUUGAAUGUGUUCCUUUGACUAAUGCUUGCUACCUCGAGUCCUUAGAGUGUUACGCACAAAAUGCCAAAUGUGUGAAAUAAGGCAGGCUAUAAUAAUCUGAGAAAAUCAUCUAUAUUCUUUACUUUCAUGAUGGCACAUGUGGAGGCUGUAGUCAAUUCCAAUUCACUUCCUGUAUUAAACUGAAUUGAAAUGGAAAAGACCCCAUCCAACAACAUGUCCAUUUUAUUUAUGUGGAGAUAGAGCAUAUCUUCGUGGAAGAGAACUUCAGUGGUAGUACUUGAAAUACUGUGUGCCUUUUUGUUUGUUGGGCAGUUGCUUUGUUCUGUCACUUAUGUCUGAACCUUACCUGAUUACCAUAACUACACAGUCUUGGUGAAAAUUGUAGAUUUGUAAAGACUUGGUAUAUAAAUAAAAAAGAUGGCGUGGCUGCAUUACUGAAUUCUCUGGAUGCCUCUAUACCCCAAGCAAAA